AUGUCUACUGCACAAUCUUUCCAGUCUGGAUUGGAUCCAGAAAGCAAGAUUGGAUGGAUUGCGAAGCAACUUGGCGGAACAAUACAUAAACGAACUUGGUUGCCGAUCCACUUGGCUGGCUUUAUUCUGUAUCAUGCUGAGGAGAUUGUUUGUUUCAUCUUGGUCCAUCUGUCGUCGUCAUUACACGCACGCGCCCGUUUGUCUGGCAGCAAGCUGAUAGUGUUCUUGGAAGCAGGCGGCCAAUCUCCUGGACUCACCCUCAACUUAUCCUCUAACAACCCCUUCCGCAAUCGCGCACCAUCUCCAGCCAGCGCCGACCUACUUUAUUCUAGCAAACCCUCUUCUCCUUUCGACGACCCUCCCCCACGACCAUUAUCACGAAACCCAUUUCUCGACUCGCCGCCUGUCGAUUUACUUUCCCAACCUCUGAGAUCACCGGGCGCCAUGUCAUCUCACUCAGAUUCCAAGUCUCUGUCAGCCGAGGAGAUUUUUAAUCAAGCAAAACAGCAAGCUCCUCGUCGACCGGUAAACGGCCCGCCGCCCCCACGACGUGAUGGAAAUGCACCACCACCUCAGGAUGGCAAGCAUCGCCCAACGCGCUCUCAAGAAGAAGCGCUUCGCGCUCGCAGAAUGCAAGGAGGAUCCGGACCUCGACCUCAACAGAGCUCACCGCAAAGAAAGGACCCACCAAGACGCCCCCGACGAAACUCUGAAUCCUCUCUGGUCGACUUCGAUGCGCGUCCUAUCACGGACGAGGAGAAGCGAAUGAUCGAAGCUGCCAGACGACGUAAAUACGAACAGCAGCGCCGUGGAGAGGGCAAGGAACGGAGCGAAAGGAGCGACCGUGACCGCGAACGUGAACGUCGUGAACGGGGUGACAAGGAGAAAUCCAGUCGCCCUAGUCGUAGGAUGGACAUUAUUGACCAACUUGAUGCCACAAGCAUUUACGGGACUGGAGUUUUCCACCAUGACGGCCCCUUUGACGCACUGAACCCUCACCGAAACCGCCAAAACGCAAGGCGUGCGCCAAUGCAGGCCUUCCCCAAAGACUCUCUUAACAACUCACUUGGCGGCGCUGGACCUCUCAAUGCCCGGGCCGACCAUUCGGUUCUCAUGGGCAAUGCUACAGAGGAGGCGUUCAGAGAUUUCGCCGCUCCCGGCAAACCCAAGAAAGAGCCAGCCAUUUUCGAUGCUUCGGGCCGUGACAAAAUCGUCCACGGUGACGAGUCGGUUGGUCUAGGCACGUCCACAUUCUUGGAAGGUGCACCUGCUGCACGAAGUGCUAUCCAGCGCCAUCAGGCCGAGCAAGCCCAAGAAACGGGUGAGGGCGGUCUGCAGCGAAAGAAGUCACUGGCACAGCGCAUCCGCCACAUUAACAAGGGUCCUCGAGACUACAACCAGUCAGGUCGUGAAUACACCAGAAUUACACCCGAUACAUACCCGACAGCCGCCAGCACUGGCUCUGACAACAAUCCAUUCUUUGCCGAGUUUGGUAAAGGAGAGGAGAGCAUCAAUGUUAGACAACGAGACGGAUCUAUGUCAGCCAAUAGCCCCCCAGGAGCUAGGCGCCCGUCUGCUGGUGCAGUCUUGGAGAGACGAGUAACGACUGAUGCGACCACCACACUCGAUGAGGCCCCAGCCAAACCCACGGGGCUCAUGGGACGAAUGAAGAGUCUGAAGGGCCGAAAGACUCGGCCAGAAAUCCCUAGCAACGGUCCUGGCCGAACUUCAGCACGGCGGCAGUUCAGGCAGGACAGUCUUUUGGAGGACGACGAGGAAGACACAAACGAGAGUGGGUGGAACAACAUUCUUCCCACACGGGACCAAGAAAAUGCGGCGCCAAGGGACAUGGAGAGAUCUAGAACAUACCCUUCGGCUCCUACACAACAAGCCGAGCCAUUUCGGGUUGCUUGUUCAGUUUUGGAGAUCCAAAUCAAGGCAGGUCUUGAGAAGCAGAACCCCCAAGACCUCAAAAGACCGUUGAUGCUAUCUGCGUGCAAAGAGCCAAUUCCAGCAUCAGUUUUGGCCAGGAAAGAAGCCAACAGGCGCGAUGCUGUCGCAAUCUUGGGUUCCUGCAAGACAGGAUGUGCAGUUGUAGAUGAGAAUGUUUUGCUGGGUGGCUUCGACCGUGCAAGUAUUGUGGGCGUCAGCGCCGAGGACGAAGAGUUGGGCGUUCAGGUGAGGAAAAAAGCAAACCUGAUGAAAUCCCUUGAAAGGGCCAUUUUGCUGAUCUUCUUCGUGUACAAGCUCGGCUUCCAAACGCUGGCGCAUUCUCUAUGUGAGGGGACGGUCACGAAUGGACUGCUCAUCACGCCCAAGCCGGCCAGCGUAAUGCUGACUGGCUUGAGGGAUGCGAUCAAGGCAGAGCUUCAGAAGCGAGGGCAUACUGCAGAUACCAAGACAAGAUUGAGGGAAUGUCUGGACAAAGUGAUGCUGUCUUGUGUAUUUGACCUGGAUGGUCUAUGGGAAGUCUUGCAAGAUUUGGAUGGAAGCGUGCAAGUUGAGGACGAAGGCGCAGUUUUGCCACGCCAAGAAAAGGAGACACAGAAGCAAGAUGCAACAGAGGCACAGGCCGAAGAGAUUCAGGACAGUCAGGACGACGACGACGAGGCUUUCUCGCCCUUACGGCAGGCUUCACAACCUCCACUUCAAGAUGAGAAAUCGCUCAGCAAAACAACACCGCAUCCAGAGUUCAUCGUGAUGACGCAUUUCUCCUCGCUUCUCACGAGCCUUUUCGCCCAUCGAGAAAAAUCAGCCGCCCGUACUGCUCUUCAACUUUUGGGUUCUCACCUACGCGACCUCUCACGCAAUCUUCCAUCUAACCCGUUGAUUCUUCUGCUCAACUCCACAUCAUCGAGCUUCUCAGGCCCAGCGUCUGCCACUAUUUCAACCUCUCCUGCGAAACAAGCCUCUGUUGAUCCAACGCUGCGAUCCAUCUUCAACCCACCCUCAGCUACAGGUUACAGUAGUCGACGAACUAAGCCUAACUUCGGUCUUUCUUUCACUCAGCUACUGGAUUUGCACAUUUUGUGCACCAGGAUUCCCAAAACGAGGACGGAUGCCGAGUUGGCAGACCAGCCGCACCCUGGGGAAGAGGCCAAGAUGGUAUGGGUCGUGGAGGUGCUGUUGGACGAGAUGGGUGUUUGGGAAGAGGAAGAGGUCAAAGUUCCGAACACAAGUGAAGUAAGGCUUGCAGCAGGUUCUAGCCUCCCAACUUCAACAUUUGGCGAUAUCCAAGAAGCACUUUUGAACGUUUUGAUAGUCAAGUUACAUGACCCGAGCUGUGGUGCCAUUGACAAAACCGCUGCCUUCACAGCCAAAAUGCCCAGCUCAUGUAAAGAACUGCGCGAGGCACUCGCGCAGUGUCUCCAAGAAUCCGAGUGUGUCAUGGUCGAGCGCAACAGUGCCGCCGACUGCCUCCGCGAACCCCUCGUCAACACUCUCCCUCUAAAGUGUCGACAGCUGAAGAAGGGCUUCGGCGAGUGCAAGCGUGGCAUGGUCGAUAUGCGCAAGCGAUUCCGCGGCAACAUGCCCGUGGCUUACCGUACGAUGGAGCAGGCUGAGGAGGGCCAGGGAUACCAACUCUACGCCGGACGGCCGGCAUUUGCGGGCGGUGUCAAGAAGACGGACGGAAACGAACCCAUUCCCCAAGAUUGGAGAGAAGUCGAGAACGAGAAGUGGAAGGCUGAGCAGGCAGCGGUGGCACAACAGAAGAAAUGA